UUUUCCUCUCCACUCCCUCUCUUACUCUUUAGCCUUUGGACAAUGACAGAAUCAGCAUUGAUGUGAACGCCACACGGUAAUCCCUGCAAGGUAAUGUGUAAUUGGAUGGACACGAUCAAGAAAAGACACCUGUGAGCCUGACCCAACAAAAAAAAUCCCUUUGUGAAGUGAACUGCUAGUUCAUUGAGCCAGAAUCUGUAAGCAGGUCGAAAAGACAGAAGAACAGACGUAAGCGGUCUACGGACAUCUGUCUUUAAGAAGCCCACCUACAACUAAAGCAACCUGGUUGGUUUAUGGACAUCAGUUUUGAAGCGAUCAAAUGCUAAAGAUGAAGUCACUUUAAAAGAGCGAGUCAAGACUACCCAAAAACUACAGCCAACAUUACAAAAAACAAGAAUCUAACUUUGAAAACAAUACCAGUUCUGCAUUCAGGAAGGCAAAAGUUGACAUUCAUCAUGGAUAUUCUUGGCGGUGCUCCUCGUGUUUUGGGCUACCCACGUCCUGUGGUGGUGCAGUGUGGAACAGAUGCAACAUUGAGGUGCCAAAUCGGUGGAGACCCUCGUCCGGAUGUUAUCUGGGAACGUAAAAAUGUCCAAAUUCUUUCUGAAGGACGACACAAGCUUGCAGAAGAGGGAAAAGCAUACUUGCUAACCAUUAAGGGAGUGACCCAGCAGGAUGCUGGCCAAUACAUCUGCAAGGCAAGAAAUAUCAUAGGUGAAACCUACGCAGCGGCCUCACUCAAAGUGGAGGGAGAGCUCCUUGUACAAGACGGAGACAUGGUUCAGUCAAGGGUAACUGGUGAAAAGCAAUCAGUGAAAGGAAACGAAAAUGUUAGUGGAUAUCUAAAUGGCUACAGCGCAGUGGUAAAUGGUUCGAGUGGAGAAGAAACAAAUGGGGAGCACAAGUGGAACAGCAAGUUAAACGAAAAACUAGAGGAGGUCGACUUAACGUCAAACGAUAAACCGCGAUUUCUCAUCAAGCCCUUGUCUCUUCGUGUGGAUCGAGGCGAGGAUGCCGCUUUCUCCUGUAAAAUCUGGGGAACACCUUUGCCCGAGGUGACUUGGGAGAAAGAUGGGAAAAAGCUGCACGAUAUCUUUGAGAGUUCUCAUUUCAGCGUGAGCAAUCAGGAUGGAGGAUGGUUUCAGCUAAAGAUCUACAGGACACGCAUGCCAGACAAAGGUGUGUACACAUGCAAGGCUGUGAACUGUCAUGGUGAAGCCUUGGCUGGCGCUGUCCUCCUUGUUGAGCCAGUUCCAGAAAGAGAAGACAGUAAAAUGUCUUCAAAUGAUCACAGCAGCAGCACGAAGUCACCGAAGCACAGAAGUGGGCGAUUCAGUUUGUCAAGGAUUGUGGAGGAACCACCCCUUAACUCAUCCAAAGUCAAAAAGUUUGCAGUAACAGAGGGGAAGCACGCAAAGUUUCGCUGCUGUGUGACGGGCAAGCCAAAACCUGAGAUUAUAUGGAAGAAAGAUGGAGUUCCCCUAGAUCCUGGCAGACGCCAUCUGAUAUUCGAGGACAGAGAGGGGUACUACACUCUGAAAGUUCUUUACUGUAAAGUGCAGGAUACAGGGCUGUAUGUGUGUGCUGCUUCAAAUGCUCUUGGAAAUACCCUCAGUGCCGUUCAUCUGUCUGUGAAAGGCUCAACUGUGCGCUUCAGACUCCCAUUAAAGGACGUAGAGGUGAAGGAAAGGGAUGCUGCUGUGCUGGAAUGUGAAGUACCUGAUGAGAUGAUCCCUGCUGCCUGGUACCUUGAGGACCAGAGGCUGAUGCCCAACAGUAAAUAUGGAAUGGAGCAGAAAGGAACCAGACGAAGACUCAUCAUCCACGAUGCUGGAACAGAUGAUGAUGGAGUCUACCUUUGUGAGAUGCCUGAUGGAGCAAAGACCAUUGCUGAGUUAUCAGUUAAAGGUACCAUUGUUCGUAAACUUCCUCGAAAGCUGGAGGUUUUAGAGGGUGAAAACGCUGCUUUCUACGUCGAGGUGGAAAAUGACGAUAUGGAGGUCCACUGGUUCAAAGAUGGUUUACAGCUACUUGAGACGCACCAAACUAUCCUCAAGUCUUUUGGUAAAACUCAUAUUCUGGUCUUUGUCAAUGUGGCCUAUCAUGACUCAGGAGUUGUGACAUUUGUGGCAGGAAGAUCCAAAACAUCAUCACGUCUCAAAGUUAAAGCUACCAGACACUGCCCACCCAUCUGUCCUUUGGGAGUCAAAAUGGAUGUAGACAGACCCAACAGUGCUCUACUUACCUGGGUACCAGCUCCCAACAGCCAGACCACCACACGCUCCAUCUUUGUCCUAGAGAGGAAAGAAGUGGGCUCUCAAGAGUGGCAAAAGUGUUUCACCUCAGAGACUGCCACUUCAGCAGAGGUUACUGGCGACAGUGUGCCAUGCGAAGGCAACUACCGUUUUCGUGUCAGCUCCAUCAAUAAGUAUGGACGAAGUGGCCAUGUGGAGUUUCCCAAGGUUGUCCAUCUUGUCCCAGGGCCAAAAAUUCUCUGCCGUCUUCAGGACUGUGAGACAUUUGAAGGAGAAGACGUUCACUUGUCCAUUGAACUUUCGGCCCCAAUGCUCGGAAACUGGUUUCUGAACAGUUUACAGCUGCAGCACGGUGGGCGGUACUCAAUACAACACAACAAAACAAAACACUCACUGGUGAUCCAUGAAGCUCAAAAAGCUGAUGACACAGCAGAAAUCACCUUCAUUGCCAACGGAGUCCGAGAUUCAGCAGUGCUCAAGGUCAAACCUGCUGUGGUGAAAUUCACCCCUCUGUCAGAGUCUGACAGCAAUAAGAAAGUGGAAACUGGUGACACCAUUGUGCUCUACUGUGAGGUCUCCCAUCCAUUUGCUGAAGUUUCUUGGCUCAAAGACGGUAAGGAACUCCAGGCAACCGAAGGGCUCAACAUCCAGUCAGAAGGGAACAUGAGACGGAUUGUGAUCCUGUCUGCUGAUGAAUCCCACUCUGGAGUUUAUACGUGUGAAACCUCAGAAGACAGCAUCAAAUUUAACGUGGAUGUCGCAGGGCCUCCAGUAGAGUUCAGUCCCGUUCCAGAGGAAGAGCUUCAUAAGAGCAGCAUGGAGCUGGAUCCUGUAGUUCUGUUCUGCCAUGUUUCCAGAGAUGAUGCUGAAGUUGUCUGGUACAAGGAUGGCUGUGGGAUCCAGCCAACUGACAACAUUACUCUGCAGGCAGAAGGAACCAUGAGGAGGUUGAUCAUCCGCUCUGCAGAAACCGCAGAUGCUGGAAGUUACACAUGCCAGGCUGGAAACAACAGCAUGGAGUUUACGGUCAACAUCAAGGAGCCUCCAGUGAUGAUUGUGGAACCAAAGAAUGAUGUUGUGAUGGAGAGCUUCAUAUCAGAUGAGAUCAACUUGCAGUGUGAGUUAUCUCGUUCCAGCGGCAAAGUGCAGUGGUUCAAGAAUGGCCACCAAGUAUAUGAAACCGAUAACAUCCAGCUGCUAUCAGAGGGUCCUUACAGGAAGUUGACCAUCCUCAGCAGUUCAGAGGAGGAUAGCGGAGAGUAUGUCUGUGAAACAAAUGGGGACUCUGUGUUUUUCCAGUUAAUUAUUACAGAGCCACCAGUAAGAAUCGUUUCUCCGGGCGAAUCAGAGGUGGAACUGACCCAUAUUGCUUUAGAAAGACUGGAACUGAGCUGUAAGAUCUCUCAAGCAGACGCUCCAGUUCGGUGGUACAAAGACAGUUUGGAGGUAGAAGAGGGCCAAAACUUAAUCCUGGAAGAAGACGGGGCCAAACGGAGGCUAGUUAUUCCUUUACCCACUGUGGAAGAUACAGGAGAGUACAUAUGUGACACUGAACAUGACUCAGUGGCCUUCCUGGUUACUAUUACAGAGCCACCUGUAACAUUGAGUCAUCCUAAAAAUAUCCCUGACAGACUCGAGAGUUUUGUUGGUGAACCGGUUGUUCUGGAGAUUGAGGUGUCACGGCCAACAGCAGAAGUUAAGUGGUGGUUUAAUGGCAAAAAAAUUGAGCAAAGCAAUAACAUCACAAUCAUAGAGGAUGGACUUGUUCGCCGUCUGACCAUCAAAUCUCCAAUGCCAGAGGAUUCUGGGAAAUACACUUGUGACGCUACUGACGAUAAAGUUGAUUUCCAGGUCAAAAUUUCAGAGCCACCAGUGAAGAUCUUAAGAAAGUCAGAAAUAAAGACAGACCUAAAGUUCCUGUUUUCAGAUGACAUUGUUCUGGAGUGUGAGCUCUCCAGAGCAAAUGGGAAAGCCAAGUGGUAUAAGGAUGGCUAUUGUGUUGAGGGAAAUGAAAGGUUCUGUGAGGAGGAAGAAGGUGCUUUUCGCUCCUUGGUGAUUCUUAAUGCUGAGCUUGGAGACUCAGGAGAAUACUUCUUAGAUGUUGGAGAAGACAGCAUUGGCUUCAAGGUUGCCGUAGAAGAGCCUCCAGUGAUCAUUGUAGGAAACUCAUGUGAUCCUGAUUACCAAGAAAUGAUGGCAGGUGAUGACCUAAUUUUGGCCUGUGAGGUGUCCCGUGCCAAUGCCCCAGUCCAGUGGUACUUUAAUGAUGGGCUUCUCGCCAGUGACUCCCGUACCUGCAUUGAGAGCUACGGAACCCUGAGGAAACUCAUCAUCUCAUGUAUCCAGCCCUCAGAUUCUGGAAAGUAUGUGUGUGAUGCCGUGACUGACAAGAUGGUUAACAUUGUUAGAAUUCAAGAGCCUCCAGUUUUAUUUGUGAACAAAGAAGAUGGCACUGUUGUGACGGGUUAUGAAGCUGAGGGCUUGACCCUAACAAGUUACGUGUCCAAAGAAAGCGCCACUGUUCGAUGGCUGAAAGACUGGACGCCAGUCGAAGGUGAACGGUUCAAAGCACUCAUGAAAGGCAAUGAACGCACACUCACCAUUGACCCUUUGAGGCGCUCUGAUGCUGGCGAAUACACCUGUGAUGUCAACACAGACCAGAUACACUUCAGUCUACUUGUGAAAGAAAUGAGAAUCAAGUUUUUGCGGCCCCUUCAAGACAUGGUGGCUCAUGCUGAUGGCAUGGUGACACUGCGUUGUGAGGUAUGCAAACCAAAAGCAGAUGUUCAGUGGCUCAAAAAUGGUAUUGAAGUUGUCCCAAGCAGAAGAUUUUCCAUUCGGGCGAAUGGAGUUGAACGAAGCUUGACCAUCCAUCGUUUAACUCAAGAGGAUGCAGGGCAGUAUACUUGUGAGUCCAGAGAUGACCAGACCACUGCAACACUGAGAGUAGAGUUGCCUCGAGUUGUUGAAUUCCUCACAGAGCUUCACAACACAACUGUGCUAGAAGGAGAAGAUGCCACCUUCAAAUGUGUAGUUUCUCCUGAGGAUGUUCAGUUGGUCUGGCUUAUGGAUAAUGAGCCGAUUACAUUGAGCAAUCGUUUCCAAGCAAUACAACUUGGCUUGUGCCACACCUUAGUGAUAAAAAAAUGUCAACUGUUGGACUCCUCAAGGGUUACAGCAGAAGCUGAAGGAAAGAUGAGCAAGGCCAGUCUCAAAGUUCAGGAGGCCCAGGUCAUGUUCACAAAGAAAAUGGAGGCUGUUACGGCAGAAGAAUUUGGUGAAGCCACCUUGGAGACAGAGAUUAGCUUGGAAACCGGUGAAGUCCAAUGGAUGAGGCAAGGAGUGGUCAUCCAAUCUAGUCCUCGACAUACGCUGGGCCAGAAUGGUUGUAAACGCAGCUUAACAAUCCACAACCUAACUAUGUCUGACCGAGGAACUUACCGCUGUGAGACUCUACAUGACCGGACGCAAGUCAAACUCAACAUAGAACCUCGAAAGAUCUCCAUCCGCAAAGGUCUAACUGACCAAGAAACCUUUGAAAGAGAGGCCGCCUCCUUUGAGGUGGAGCUCUCACACACAGAAGUGGAAGGGAUUUGGCAGAAGGAUGGCAUCCGGGUGAAGCCAAACAACCAGUGGCGAGUGAGCACCAACGGGCUCGUGCAUGGCCUCACUUUGUCCAACUUGACGCUGGAGGACACGGGUACCAUUGUCUUCUCAGCCGAAGGGGUGCGCACCACUGCAAGGCUAACAGUCAAAGAGACACCUGUGGCAAUCCUGAAACCCCUUACUGAUGUCCGUGUAGAAGAGGAGUUACCUGCCACUUUAGAAUGUGAAUUCUCCAGACAAAACGUGGGAGUCCGAUGGUUUAAGAACGGAUCUGAGUUGAAGCCAGGGAAGAACUAUCGGAUCUACUCCACGGGUCGAAAGCGGAUUUGCCAGAUCCUUCAGUGCUCCCUGGCCGAUUCUGGCUUUUAUAAAUGUGACACAGGAGAACUCAACACUUCCUGUUCGCUAGAGGUUUAUGAGCAUAAGUUGGAGAUGGUGCAUGAUCUUGAGGAUCUUUACAUCCAGGAAGACCAGAAUGCUGUCUUCAUGUGUGAGGUUUCUCUGGCGGAUGUUAUUGGGGACUGGUAUAAGGAUGGUCACAAGAUUCGCCCCAGCAGCACCACAAAGAUACGCACUGAAGGGACCAAACACUUCCUGCUGAUGUGUAACGUCAAAGCUGAUGAUGCUGGGGAAAUCCGCUUUGUAGCCAGAGAUGUUGAAUCAACAGCUUAUCUUGAAGUCGAAGAACUUCCUCUUGCCAUCGUAAAACCACUAAGAGACAGAACAGCACUGGAGAAACAUCGGGUUAUCCUCGAAUGCACAGUUUCCUCCCCUCACAGCAGCGCAACUUGGUAUAAAGACAAAGAGGAGCUGGUUUCUUCUGAUCGGGUGGAGAUUUUAGAAGAUGGCUGCAUCCAUAAACUGGUAAUCCAGCAGGCAACUGUGGAGGACGAGGGCACCUAUAUGAUCAAGGUUGGGGAGCACACCUCCAAAGCUAAACUGAUGGUUGAAGCUCAGGCUCUAGCGAUGAUGAAGGACCUAAAGGACGUGGAGGUGACAGAACCAGAACUGGCGUCUUUCCAAUGUGAGGUAUCUGUUGCUAUAAGCAAGCCUCCAGUUUGGACUUUAAAUGGAGUGACCCUUCGAUCAGGCCCUUCUGUUCGCCUGGAAGAGCAAGGGACAGUCCACAAGCUCAUCCUGAAGGACACUAAUGUGGACAUGAAUGGGACAGUCAAGUUUACUCUGGGCAAAGCAAAAAGCAGUGCCACUCUAACAGUGAGAGGAAAGUAGAGAAAUGGAUGUAGAAAGGAAACAAGCUGAUUCUAAAUAAGUGCCCAAAACUCCACCAUUCUCCUUGGACUUCUCAUCCUCAUGCUCAAAUUUUACAUUUAAAUGACGAUAGACUGAAUGAACAUUUAGGUCAGCCAAGAUAAGCAAUGUUUUUUACAGUGUAGAUAUUAUUUACUGUCAUUUGCAUACUAAUAUUUUCAGUAAACUUCUUAAUACAUUCUUGUAUUUUUGGUGAAGUUAUCAAUUAAAAAAUUAAAAUGUACAAAUAAAAACAUAUAAAAAA